CGCGAGCAUGGCUACUUUCACUGCGCUCAAUGGUGGCUCACCAAAGGCAUUGGACACCAUGAAUGGCGGUGUUGUCAGCGAGAUGAAGCGGUCCGGAUCCGAGGAGCUGCCACGAAUCGAGGCCGUCGCGCCGACAUCUCAGCGAGAUCCUACCAACAGCAAAGCACCAAGACCGACAGACGACCUGAGCCCACCUAGGGCAGCAGCUGCUGAGGCCAACAGGGAACGUGCGAAGCAAAAUGCAGUGGAGUUUGACGAGCGGGAGCGACAAAGGGAGAACCGGGCAGGUCCCGCCCCAACUGUCGAGCGGCCGCGUCACCCUUCGACCGGCUUUCCUGAUGUCGACACCGGCGCACUAAAGCGCAAGAGAUCUAACUCACCAGACACUCGCUCAACCGUGGAAGCCGCUCAUAGGGAAACGUCUGAGCCAAAGGAAGGUCAGGCGCCAUCUCGCCCCCGCUCACGUGAUCAAAGCAGCUUCAGUCCGCAAAAGAACCAUGCGACGUACACAGAGACUGGCCACGAAAGGAGGAAUGGACAGGAGCAAAGCAUACGGAAGUCUCUUUUUGGACCCCCGGGGGCAAGGGAUGAUUGGGGCCCAAACUACGAGCAGGCCCAUUCCGCAAUUCCAAGUUCUGCCAUCAGCGAGGUAGACCCGAUGGGUGACAGCCUUGCCAGGGCGACGCAGCGCAUAAGUAAUGACGACGAGAGGGCCAGCCCUGAUGACAUGGAUGAUUCACCCAUGACGCCUUACCCAAGCGGCUCAUACAAUGCCGAACAGCAACGGGAUGGGCUAGUUCACUCGGAUCCCAAGAAGAGAAAGCGUAACUUUAGCAACCGGACCAAGACAGGCUGCCUCACCUGCAGGAAGCGGAAAAAGAAGUGCGACGAGGCCAAACCCGAAUGCAGCAACUGCAUCCGAGGCGGUUUCGUCUGCGCCGGAUACCCUCCGCAGCGCGGUACGUGGCCAAAGCCGGAGAGCAAGCCGACGACGGUCCAGAUCGAGAGCAAGGACCCGACAUACAUCCCACCUGGAGCGUACGGCAUGCCCCAGUCGGGAUUUCCUCCAAUUGCUGCGCCAGCCAUCAUGCCUCCGCAGAAACGCGAGCCCCUCCCCUCGUACCGUGGCCAACAGCUGCGGAUCGAGACGCCACACCAGCGUCUUCUGUCCGAUGAUGAGCGAGCCCCCGCCCCUUUGCCGAUGUCAGUUGUGACCACGGCAUCCGAAGGCAAGUUGUCGGCAUUUCACAACCCGACAGUCACAAACCUUCUCCCCACUCCUAUCAGCGCCCGCACACCUCAUGAACUUCUAAACCCACAUCCCGAAUAUCAGACACCAAAGAGAGUCCCACCAUUGCACGACCUUACUCGGACCGAUUCGGACCUGCAAAAGUCGGGGCCGAUCCCCAAGAUCAACGUGACCCACGACAGGGUCCACAGGUCAUCAAGCCCUCCAAAGUCAGCAGCCACGGUCCAGGCCACAGCACAAAUGGCCCUCUCGCAUACGUUUGCCGCGCCGAGUCGGCCCAAGCGGGAGAAGGAGGAGAUGGUUUCGGGCAACCCCUUCAAUCCAUAUGACAAGGAGCUUGUUCUGGAACGUGAGAGGUGUUUGACUGCUGUGUGGCGGUUCAACAACUCGACCAAUCCCACCACUGGGGUGUCACCAACGGAGAGAAGCCGCCUCUUCAAGGACAUUCUGCAGCCGAGCGAACCAAUCCAGAUGACUCCGAACAUGGUUUCACCGGUCUCACAGACGGGCCACAUCGGUAACGGUGUUGUGGUUGAGGCGCCGUUUCACUGCGACUAUGGCUACAAUAUUACAAUCAAGGACAAUGUCUUUAUCGGCAGAAACACAUCCAUCAGUGACUCGGCAGCGGUGAUGGUCGGGGACAACACUUAUAUUGGACCCAGCGUCCAGAUUCAUACCGCAACGCUUUCGACGGACCCCCGUCGCCGCAACGGCGCACUUAGCCAGCAGACGGCCCAGCCAGUGACGAUCCACGACAACGUUUUCAUAGGCGCAAACGUCACGAUUCUUCCCGGUGUCACUAUUGGAGCUGGCAGUACCAUCGGGGCUGGGUCUGUUGUCACUAGGGAUAUACCUUCGCAAAGUGUGGCCUACGGCAGUCCGGCUAGAGUCAGGAGGAAGAUAGCAUUUGCGUCUUGAUGGCUGCAAUGCAUUUGUGCCAACCUAAUAAUAGCACCCGAGUCACGCAUAUAACCGUUUCAUUUCUCCUAUAUGCAUAUAGAAGGCUUAGAGUGGUCUCUUGAGCAUACAUGGAAACAUAGCCUUUUUGCGGUGUUUUUUUGGUUGCAUAUACAUAAUCUGCCUUGGCACCUUUGUUUUGUUUUCUAUUUUUUUUUUUCGCGUUCGUUCUCGCUUUUUUUUCCCCUUGUUGAUUUAGUUUCCCCUUUGGCAUGAUACCCACGGCUUGUGUAUGGAACAUGAUUGAUACAGGUGCCGAUUUUUGGCCGUUGUUUUGCUAGUAUUAGUCUUCAUGUUUGUGGCAACAGUACUGUGACGCAUGGCAUGGCGAAAUUUUGCUUGCGAGUCUGGUCUGGCUUUGAGCCUUUAGUCUUGGUCUUGAAAUUGGUUGCCUCAGUCUGACAAGCUCUGGUAGCUUCCUCUCACACGGGAGAGUUGUUUGCUGGAUGGUGUCAGCAUCGCUGUAUGGCAGCCGUUAUUUAUUCUUGGUAAUUAAUCUCUCCUUGACAACGAUCCGAUUGUUAUUGUCACAACCUGAAGCGACGAGAUGACGGUUAACCUUUCAGAUAAUGAUAUAACGGAAUGG